UCACAAAGCCAAAAACUCAUUGUUCACCAACUGACUGACAGACUCGGUCAUUCCAACCCACCCACACCUACACACCCACACACCUACACACCUACACACCCACCCACACCAUAGACUCAACCCAAUCCCCACCAAAGACUACCUUCCCCACACAUACACUCUAUUCUUUUAUUCUGCACGCUAUGUCUUCGCAACAGGAAAAGGUAGCCAUGUUCCAAGGCAUAACCGGCGCAUCCGAGGCUACCACAAGGCAGUUCCUCUCGCGGGCUGGGUGGAACGCGGAGAUGGCGCUGUCGAACUACUUUGAGGCCGGACUCGAGCCCGAGACGGUGCCGGUCCCGGUUGCGCCGCCGGUCAACGCUACCGGACCGGCCGACGAGGAUCCGCUGGUGGGCGACGAGGUGUGUGCACUGGUGGCCGCCGGAACUCGCCGCGCGAUGCCGCUAGUCGGAGCCACAGUUCAUGCGGUGGUCCUGGAUCUGGCGGCCGAUGUUGAUGUCGUCUUUCGCUUUGUCAACGACUCGGACGACGCGCUGGAGGCCUCGUUUGUCUUCCGCAAUGACGACGUGGCCAUCUGCGGGUUCGAGGCUCAGGUCGGCGACUUGCAGAUCGAAGGCGUGGUCCAGGAAAAGCAAGCUGCACGUGCAGCAUAUACCGCCGCCGUGGCCGCCGGCGAUGGCGCCUUUCUCCUUGAGCAGGGCGUCAACGAGUCGGUCUUGGUUCUUGCCAUUGGCAACGUCCUCCCACACCAGUCGGUCCUCAUCCGGCUCCGGUACGUCAUCGAGCUCGAGCUCGAGCGCGAUGCCGUUGUCCUUCCCAUCUCGCUGGCGCGGCUGCCGCUAGCGGAUCCGGCCAGCUUGCCGGACGCAGCGCCCGACGACGCCGCCACCGCCGAGGUUCCGCCCGGGCUGGCAGUGACGGUGGCGGCCACGAUGCCGUCAGCCAUUCACGACGUGGUCUCGCUCACCCACGACGUGCGGACCGAGCGUGAGUCAGACGAGCGGGUGCACGUCACGGUUGAGCGCCCGCUCGGCGGCGAGGUCGCCAGUGCCCCGCUCGUUGUCCGCUUCCACCUCGAUGCCGCCAACCAGCCGCGCCUCGAGUGCCAGGCCUCGGGUCUGCUUGGCGACGACGCCCUGGCCUUUACCAUUGUGCCCGAGGCUGGCGAUCUGUUUGACGCGAGCGCCGCCGAGCUCGGCGCCCAGCGCGCAGAGCUCAUUUUCCUUGUCGACCGGUCCGGCUCGAUGGCCGGCUCGCGGAUGAACCAGGCCAAGAACGCACUGCAGCUCUUCCUCCGCUCCAUCCCCAUGGGCUCCAAGUUCAACAUUGUCUCGUUUGGCUCGCGCUACGAGAAGCUCUUUGCCUCGGCGGUCGAGUACAACGACCGGUCGCUCACCCGCGCACGUGCCGCGGUGGCUGGCAUGAAGGCCGACCUCAACCAGACCGACAUUCUCCCGCCGCUCCGCGACAUUUUUGCGUCCGAGCCCGAGGACGGCGUCCCGCGGCAGCUCCUCAUCCUCACCGACGGCGAGGUGCCCAACACUUCGGAAGUCCUCACCUUUGCGCGCAACGCUGCGUCCGAGACCCGCGUCUUCACCUUUGGCAUCGGCGCAGAGGCGUCCCGGACCCUGGUCAAGGGCCUGGCUCGCGCAGGCCGCGGCUACGCCGAGUUUGUUGUCUCUGGCGAGCGGAUCGAGCCGGUCGUCGCUCGCCAGCUCCGCCGCGCUCUGCAGCCGGCCAUCACCAACGCACGCAUCGACUGGGGCGGUCUUGCUGACAAAGUUGUUCAGUGCCCGGCCGCCCUUCCGCCCAUUUUCGCUGGUCAGGCAUUUACCGUCUUCGCCCUCGUUGAUGGCGACCGCGCCGAGGGCGCCGUCGACAACGUCCACACGGUGGCGCUUGUCGGCGACACGCCCAUGGGCGGGUUCGACCUCGCCCUCGAGUUCAACAUCGCCGAGGACGUGGUGCCGGGCGACCUGCUCCACCGCAUCGCUGCCCGCAACCUCAUCAAGCAGCUCGAGCGAAACGUGGGCAAGCCCGGCCCGGCCGGCAAGGCUGCCCGCAACCGCGUCGUCCAUCUGGCCACAAAGUACUCUCUCAUCUCGUCGUGCACCUCGUUUGUCGCCCUCGACAAGCGCGACGCCGAGACCCGCCGUGCCGCUAUCCGAACCAACCUUGCUCGUGUCGACCUUGACCCUGCUGCGUCAGCCGCCGCUGCUGCGUCGGAGGCUGGCGUCCGCGACCUGCCGGACAGCGUCGGUGUCGCCGUCUCGGCUGACAUUCUUCCUACUGAACCCGGACCGAUGCCGAUUUCACGCGACGCGUAUGCCGACACCGACACUCUGCUCGACUCGAUCGAAGAGGCGAUAGAGCGGCAGUACGAGAUAUCGUCCGCCAUCGGCCAGGAGCUCCACAACCAGAACAACAUGCUGAACGAAGUUGCCGCUCCGCCGCCGCCGGCUGCGCGCAGCUCCGACGGGUUCUUCUCUGCGCUCCGGUCUGUGUUUUCGUCGUCGUCGGCGGCAGCAGCGCCUCCACCGGCACCGCGCGCAGCACCUGCCCCCCCGCCUGGAGCCGCCAUGUUCCAAGCAAUGGCCCCGCCGCCACCGAUAGGUGGCGCGCCGAUGGGUAGUGCUCCCGGGUAUGGCAUGGCGCAACCGAUGGCGUACGGUGGUGGUGGCAGUGGCGGUGGCUUGGGUGGCAGCGCCGGCUACGCAGGAGCAGCUCCACCGCCGAUGCGCCGUGGCAGUAGCGGCGGCCAGGGUGGCGGCAGCGGCCGCGUCCUCGCCCGCGCCAAGGGCAGCCGCGCGCGGCCGCCGGCAAUGGCGGAGAAAAAGCGGAGCUCCAGCCCGCGCCAGAGCUCGCGCCGGAGCAAGGCGCUCGGGCUCGAUACCAGCGCGGCAGUUAGCUACGACUACACUGGAUCUGGCGAGCAGUCGCUGGCCUCGCCGGCGUGGGCCGAGCUCGAGGCUGAGGGCACCGCCGACGGCUCGCUGUUUGGCGCGGCACCGAUGGCUGCACACGCCUCAAGGGGCAGCCUCUUCUCCAGCGACGACGACGAGGACGGAAGCACUGCUGGCGACGAAGCGUUUAGUCUCAUUCUCGACGCUGCGCUGCGGCCGGUGGACAAAAUUAUCAUGCUGCAGUCGGCAUCAGGCGCGUGGCCUGCGACCGAAGCGCUGGCGUCGGUGCUUGGCGUGCCGGUCCGGACCGGCGCGCCCGACGGAGCCAGCGACGAUGCGUGGGCCACCGCGCUCGUGCUUGCGCACCUGGCCGCCACACUCGCCAACGACGAGGACGAGUGGGCACUGCUCGCGCAAAAGGCCAAGCAUUGGCUCCGCAAGCAACUUGGCGACAGGUGUCAGGCCGUCCUCGAUGCAGCGGUGGCCGUCAUCGGCGGGUAGAUAGACGCCUACCACACAAAUGAAAACCAGGCGCCGCGGUGCUCGACCGGCGACCACGGAAUCCAGAAAGUGCUUGCCACCAGCGACGACGGGUGGUCAUCGGCGAGUACAGCAUCUCGGGUCUUGGUCGCCGCGGCAAUCUCCGGCGGCAGUUCCAGGCCACAACGCCAGAGCGCAAUCACGUUUGUGUCGCACCCGGGAAUAAAGAGCCGGACAUAGCG